AUGUCUACAGCAACACAUCACUGUCUUGGUAAAAAGUCAUCGAUUCCUUACAUUCACUCAAAUCACAAGUCCACGACAUCAUUAUACCAACAACCAACGGAAUCGAUGAUUGAGGCCGCAAAGAUUGAUUACGCUACCCGUCUUUUCAUCUACACUCGACAACAACUUCAACAAGUAUCCUCCUUACCUUUUAAAGGUCAAGAAAAUAAAAGUAAAAAGUUUACGCGAAAUGGGGUGAAGGAAUAUAAUGAAAUUCGUGAAAUUCAUGAAUAA